CGUAGGAGUUGUGUGGGGACAGGGUCAAGGGGGAAGGUGGUAAGGCGAGCUUCAGAGAAGACCUUAGGGACCUCUUCAGUGGUAGCAGGGUCGAAGGAAAGGAGUGUUGAGGGGGUUUUCGUGUGAGGAAUGUUGGGCGGGGUGGAGGUCUGGACAGUGGCGAGGUCGAAGGAAAGGAGUGUUGAGGGGGUUUUCAUGCGAGGGAUGCUAGGUGGGGUGGAAGUCUGAGCAGUGGUGAUGUCCCUGCGAAUUGCGUCGAUCUUGCUUUGGAAGUCGUUUGGAAGUCGUUAACAAUCUCGUGGGC